CGCCUCUCCCGCCCCGCGCCCCGGCCGCUCCCCGCUAUGCUGCUGCUCGGCGUCCUCUGGGGCUGCUUGCUGACAGCGGUGUAUGCAGAACUGACCACGGCAUGCAGAGAAAAUCAGUACCCACUGAACAAUCAGUGCUGUGAUUUGUGUCCGCCAGGAAAGAAGUUGGCGAGUGAAUGCACCGAGUUCACCCAGACACAUUGCCUGCAGUGCGGCAAAGGUGAAUUCUCAGAUACCUGGAACAGAGAGACCCGCUGCCACCAGCACAGAUACUGCGACUCCAAUCUAGGGCUCCAGCUCCUGAGGAAGGGCACAGCGGAGACAGAUGCAGUCUGUACCUGCGAGAAGGGCCUGCACUGUCUGGGCCGUGCUUGCGAGAGCUGUGAGCUACACACUCUGUGUGGCCCUGGCUUUGGAGUCAAGCAGAUUGCUACAAAGAUGACUGACACAGUCUGUGAACCCUGCCCUGUCGGCUUCUUCUCGAAUGACUCAUCUGCUUCUGAAAAGUGUCGACCCUGGACAAGCUGUGAAGCCAAAGACCUGGUGGUGCUGCAGCAAGGAACGAAGCACUCCGAUGUUAUCUGUGGUCCCCAGUCUCGGAGCAGAACCCUGGUGGCGAUCCCUGUCGUGAUAGGAAUCCUGUGCGCCAUCUUCGUGGCGUCUGUCUAUAUCAGUGAGUCUUCAGGAAAGGAAGCUAAGAAGCGGAAGGCUAAGGCCCUCCAUCCUCAGAACAUAUGUCAGGACCCCGUGGAGAUGGAGGACGUCUCUGGCCACAACCCCGCAGCCCCGGUGCAGGAGACCAUGCACGGCUGCCAGCCCGUUACCCAGGAGGAUGGCAAAGAAAGCCGCAUCUCAGUGCAGGAGAGGCGGUGAGGCUGUCUCUGCGUGGGAUGGGGCGUUCGCACGGGUGCCGCCCCUGUGGCUGGAGAGCGCGGAGCUGCUGUGGGCUGACUGCAUGAAGACAAGGGGUGGACACUGGUGUAGCCACGCCUUCUCUGCCGGAACCCCUCAGGUUUGAGAAGCCCCAGCACAGACACAGACCACAGAUCACCUUCUAGAACUUUCCUGCCUCUCCUGGAGCCAUCCAGACUCUACACUUGCUUUUUGAAGGUGGAGGAAUAGAGGGUGUGUGUGCGGCACCGAGUAGCACCCAUGACACCUUCCGACCAGCCCAGCUGGUCAGUACUCAGAGACAGAUCCUCAUGCACCUGCAGCGGCGCGUGGGAGGCUGGAAGUCAGGGACGGACCCAACUCACUGCCAAAAAGGCAGGUUGUCGGUACAGAAACUUUAAAACACCAUGUAUACACUAUAUUAGAGUAUAUGUAGUGUAUGACAGUGUAUGCAAUAUAGCGUGGUAUAUGUA